AUGGUGUAUACCAACGCUCCGGGUCGCCUGGCAGAGAUUAAUACCUUUGCACGCCACGAGAUUAAGUUUGUCGACCGGGUGAGAAGCUGUGAGGAUAUGCUCGUGCUGGAGAGUAGCGGCGUGGCUCUCUUGGCCUGCGAUGCUGGACGAGAGCGCUGGAACACGGUCAUGGGCGUUUUUCUCCCCGAUCCAGUCAGUGCCAAUCUCUAUGUCUACGAUUACAAAGAUGCCUCUGCGCCCGACGCCAGCUCUCUCAGACGCGUCGACAUGGUCGACUUUGCCGGCGAGGCCGAUUUCCACACCCUAGGCAUGGCAUACGACGAGCAAACAUCCACCUUGUUCGUUGCCAACCACGCCAAGGCCGGUCCCAGCAUCGAAAUCUUCAACCUCGACCUGGAUCAGCUCGUGGCCUCGCACGCCGGAACCAUCCAGCACCCGCUCAUCCACGGCCCCAACUCCAUCGCCCUCGUCGGCAGCCGAGAGCUCUACGUGUCCAACGACCACUACUUCCUGGCGAAGCAGUCGACGCUCCUGGCACGUACAGAGCUCGUUCUCGGCCUUCCCCUUGGCACCGUCGUGCACCUCAAGCUGUCCGCCGAUAAGCCCGCCGACGUGGAAGAGGCCAGCGUCGUCGCGCGCGCUGCCUUUGCAAACGGCGUCGAGAUGCUCAACAGCACCACCGUCGCCGUGGCAUCAACCAGCCGGAGCGCCGUGUACCUUUACGACCGUCGCCGGGACGGCUCUCUCUCGUACAGGUCGUCUAUUCAGGUGCCCUUUUUGCCGGAUAACUUGUCCGUCCACGGGGGCAAGCUCAUCAUCGCUGGCCACCCCCACUUCCCCUCGCUGACCAAGUUUACCAUGACCCGGCAUGUCUGCAACGACGCCGCCGAGCUGGCAAAGGCAGACGACGCCAUGAAGGCGUACUGUGAGCACGGCAAGGGGACGUCCUGGGUUGCCGAGUGGACUGAGGCCAAUGGACUGAAGAGUCUGUACGCCGGCACGGAAUAUCCCACUAGUGCCACUGCGGCCAGGGAUUCGAAGCGCGGCGUGGGCAUUAUUUCGGGUCUGUAUGCCAAGGGGAUUCUGGUUUGGAGGGAUUAA